CAAACAACAUCUCUGAAGCUCCUAUGAUGCUUGGUCAAGCAGUGGGUAGCAACUGUGAAGUACCUAUAGCACUGGGCAAGACGCCUCAGGUGUCAGGUAUUGGCGAUGAGGCGCUUAUUAUGCUGGACGCUGCUUGUGAGGUGCCUCCGCUAUUAGGCAAGACGAGAUUAGCCAUUGGUACUUUUGAUAGUGACAAUUCUGGCAAUGUGGUGGAUGAUCUGGCUCGCUCAGGCGUAACUUCUCAAAGUUAGAUUCCUAAAGGACUCCCUAGUAGUGGCUCGGGCAACCCUUCUCGCCCUUGCAACAAAAAGCACCGAGGGAAGGUAGCUCUUGACGACGAUAGAUCCAAAGUGAGUACUAUUUCUAACAUUUUUAAUACGGACGCUGAUAUUUUGUGGAUUAUCUCUGCUUACCACAUUCCUCCUACGGUACUACGUCGUCAAGCCGAUAUGGGUGAGCCUGCAUGUGAUGACUCCUUUGGAGACAUUGCUAUCUAUGAGGAGAUGCUUGAUGUUGGGCUCAGGUUCCCAAUACUUUCUUCCAUUUUUCGUAUUCUGCAUCAUUUUUCACUGACACCAGGGCAGUUGGCAUCCAAUGGUUGGAGAGUUUGGCUAUGUUUUAUGGUA